AUUUAUUUUCUCAUCAUGAACAUAACAAAUGUCACUACAGAAAACCGGGUGUAUGCUGGGGUCUUUGGCUGCAUUAUGGUAAUAGGUCUUCCUCUCAACGCUGCAUCGCUGUGGAUUCUUCUUCGCCGCCACAGCCUCAAAUCGCCCAACGCUGUCUUCAUGGUCAACCUGGCACUCUCAGACCUGCUACUUGUCUUCACUUUGCCCGUGAGGAUCUACUUUCACGCCACAGGCAGAUGGACUCUGGGCACUUGGAUGUGCCUCAUCUUCACAAUGUUCUUUCACAACAACAUCCGCUCCAGCGCCUCCUUCAUCACCUUCAUCAGCGUGGACCGACUGCUGGCUGUGGUUUAUCCUCUGAGGUCACGACAUCUUCGGACCUCAUCCAAUGCCUGGAAAGGAGCUGCAGUCGUCUGGGUGAUUUUGCUGGUGGCAAAUAUCCCAGAGAGUGUAGACUUUCUUCAACACUUGAAAAAUCAGACUCAACCCAAAUGUUUUGAUUAUUAUGAAAAUCUGAAUAUUUCCUUGAGUAACAUUCGAUUAGCAGUUAUUUACAUUCAGAUUGUGUCACUGGUCAUAAUGCUAGCAGUUAACAUUGUUUGUACCAUUAUGGUGUCUUGGACUCUACGCAGACACCUCAGUGACUCAGCCAAGGUCAACAACAAGGUGAAUGUAAUGCUGAUUUUUGCCAUCAAUUUGGUUUUGUUUGCCAUGUUUCUGCCUGUGCCUAUAAGUGUAGCUGCACAUAGUACCGAUGCCAGGCCAUUGGUAUGUCUUACUGUUUUCAACUGCUGUCUGGAUCCUCUGUUGUAUUACUUUUCUUUUGACUCCUUUUGGAAGAAAAAAGAGAAUUAUAGAUAA